AUGGAGAGUUCACCGGCCGCCAUGGCUCCUCUACUUCUGAGAAAUUUACUUACUUCGCUGUUUUUCUAUGCCGACAAACCCCUUGUAUUCUUAGCAGAAAAAUAUAGACUUCUUGAACUUCUACGUUGUUUUCUUCUCUCGGCUUUUCUAUUCUUUCUUCGUCUUUUGCCUUCUUUGUUUCCCGGUUUGAAUUCUUCUGCAGAAUCCUACAACUAUUCUUUCAAGACUAAAAGGGCUGACAACUAUGCGUCGACUCUCUCGGGUGGUGGCGGCGGCGGCGCCGCCUCCGCCAGCGGUGGGGGCGUCGGUGACUCGGGUGUUGCGAGGGCGCUCAUGCAGUUGUUGUCAAUAGUUAAUGAUAUUCCGGUGAGUUCAAGAAAAUAUGAGUUGGUUAGAUCGUUAGCAGAGAAGGUAAUUGACGAGAAUUUGUUAGAGGGUAACGAAACCCUAAGGGAAGUCAACUGCGCCGCGCUCUCAGCUGCCUUUUCGCGUACCUUGAGCCAGCUGGAAGCUGCCGUGUUAGUUAAAGGGCGGAGCCGUGGCGGCGGGAAUAGUGGUGAUGUGACGGAUGAGGCGGCUGAGGAAAUUGAUAUAUAUUAUUAUAAAAAUAGGUUUAGUCGUUUUCUAAAGGCUGUUAAAUAUUAUGGUAACGUGGUUUGGCGAUAUGGGAAGUCGAGGGAAGGGGUAAGCGGGUUUGAAAGCUCGGCUGAGAAGCUGGCAGCUGAAGUUUUGUGGCUGGCUCAGAAGAUGGCAGCUUGUGGCUGUUCAGAAGAAGCAGUUUUUAAAUGGGCUUCGGCUUCUAACUUGGCAUCGCUCGCUUUGUCGGCUGAGCUACGGCUUCAAGGCUCCUUAGUUAAGGUCUCGGCAUUCUUGAUCAAGCAAUCGAAAGACGUGGGCAAAGUUAUAGAUGACAAAAACAUGUCAGAGCAACAAAGACAAACAAAGAUGAAACUGCUGGUUUCAUGGCUGCCGUUGCUAUGCCGUGCAAGCAAUGGCACUGAUGCACCUGUCCUCAGCAUCGGCGAAAGAGCCGAGCUUGAAAAGAUACUGGAAGAAAUAAUCGAGACAUUAGAACAAGAAGACGAGCAAGAAAGAGUGCUGUCAUUGUGGCUCCAUCAUUUCACGCGAUGUCCAUCUUCCGAUUGGCCUAACCUCCGUGGCUGCUACACUCGCUGGCUCGAUGCUUCACGCAGUCUUCUGUUACACCAGUGA